UCCCGCUUUAUUGCAGAGAUCCAUGCUCUUCUAGUGUUUUCAUCGCUUGGAAACGAAAGUGCAGAAACACUGCAGCUAUUUUUUGUGUAAUUACUUUUACAAUUGGGAACACAGCACACACUAGGCAUCUUCAUUAUGAUAAAUUAAAAUUAAUAUGCAAAAAGAUCAGAAAGCUUCAAACAAAGCGAAUAACACAUUUCCCGUUACGAUAACGACUAUCGUGACUAACCGCACCCUUUUACACCGCUUGCCUUCAGAAUUUUCUACAGAAUUCAUCCAACCUCAUGACGUCACGGGCUGAAAUCGUUGGGAGUUGUGAGGCCUUGUAUUACGAAGGUUGUGUACAGACCCUUGUGCGUUCCAUUGGGUUCCAUAUUGGCCGCAAACUCGUGUGGUACACAAAUCUUAACUUCAACCGAUUUUUCUUAUCGUUUGUUUAGAAUCGUUAAUGCAGAAUAAUUGCUCGUAUAAAUAUCAACGAGGAAGAAAAAUUGACAUUGUAUGUUGGUGAAGUUACAGUUUGAGCGAAUAAUCUUGAACAAUUCUGCUGUAAUGCAUUGAGAUGAAAGCAAGGAAUAAAGAAAAGGAAAUAUUCUUUUAUUGAGAAGUUAUUUUAUCACGCUUUUAGUAAAAUGGCAGAGCAACAAGCAUUAAAUGAACAUAGCCUACAAACUAUUAUAAUGAAGAUGCAACUGAAUCCUAAUCUGAAGUUGACACUUACAGAUAAGUGUCUUAGAAAAGUAAUUGUUUAUUUAUUGAAUUCAAAUGAAAUGCUAUCGAAAAUCGAAAAUUAUAAAGUCACGAUCUAUCGCGCAUUAUGUGAUUACAGAUCGCCUUGGCGAAAUAGUGUAGAAAUGGAGGUAAAAAAUAAUAUUUCCAAACUACCGCUGCCGGAAGCACUUAAAAAGGAAAUGAUGCCCAUUGUUAAACCUGUUAGUUAUGAAAUCUUAAGGUGGAAGCUAUUCCACGAAUCAUUCAUACAUGAAGAUGAAAAAUAUUUUAAUAAAAUCAUAUUAAAACAACUGAAAUGGACAUGCGAGGGUGCGAUCGAUCAUCGCAGGACGGCGCAAGCGCUCUUGCGUCUUGAUGUGUUUGAUCUCGAGAAACGAUACAGGCUGGCGUGCUUAUAUUGUUUAGAAGAGGACAUCAAACUUCUGUGGGAACAGCUGCCCGAAAAGAGGAAGUGGUAUUAUCACGGCGGCCACGAUACCUUACGAGUCAGAGAGUUGCAAUUGGAGUUCUACUGGCCUUACGUUCUGUUGGGGGAAGAAUCUCAAUUACCAGCUGAGAAUUCCUCCUUCAAUAAACAUGCUUUGGUAUGUUCUGGAAGAAAUGGCAAUAAAACGGUGAGCGAAUAUUUUUUUCGUAAACUGACCGCCGAAGAACGAGAUUCUGCUUUGCUUAGUGCACUCGAUGCUGCCAUGUAUAGAGAUGGGAGGGAGAUGGUGAACUGGCCUGAAGCUCACGUGCAAGUGAGACUUGGCGACGUUGCAUGUUAUUUUCUCUCUUUGCUGAGUCCCGAACAACAAAUGCGACUUUUAAGGGAGAACCCUUGCGCCAUUCUGAAUCUCCUUUACGACUGGCCAUGGCACGAAGUGUUCCUGGAGAUCAUGGAUGUGGUCUGGACCUUCCUGCCUCAGGACCAGUACGGCACUCUGAUGGAUGCCCUCAUGCAUGCAGAUCACUAUUUCCCGAAUUUGUUUCAAAAAGUUUUUAUCGGUAGCCCUGUUCUUUUCAGAAAUUAUUUUGUGGAUAGCGAAAGUCGGCAUUCUAUCCGUGGCCACAUAUUUCCUGAUUUUUUCGAUGACCAUGAUAUCGAGACUGUCAGAGUGAUUUUUGAAAAUAUAAAUCAUGGAGACGUGAUUUCACUUCUCUCUUCCAAAUUUGUAGUGCAGCUUUUCGAUGAAUGGGUGAUGAAAGAUUCGCUGGAUAUGAUUGAACUGUGCUUUCAGGUGGCCUCACUUUCAGAAACGGACAGGAAAACACUGAGAGCUGUUUAUGUGGGGUUCCUCGACUCACGCGGUGACUCUCGGUGUGCGUUGGUGUUAAAAGAAAAAUGGAAAACCGUCUUUACUUUCCUGGACAAUGUGGCUUCAUGUAACAAGAGGAUUUCGGAAGAUGAAACGUCGGCCGAAGUUAAAAAACUCUGCACUGAAGAAGAAAAGAAUGAUACUGAAAAGUGAACUGUGCUUUAUUUCUUACGUCAAGCGAAAAAAAAAAAAAAAAUGCAUUCAUUUGAAUUUUUGUUGUUUAUUUUACAGUGAAUCUUUCCUAAUAUGAAGCUGAUGGAAUUACAAUGAUGAUUUAAUUGAUCCAUUAUUUUGGAAUUGAAAAACAAGCCUGGGUCUAAAAACUGGUAUGGCGUAAGGAAACAACAUAUUUGAAUCUAAAGGUUUAUUUUUACUACCUAUAAUUUUUAAAUUAUUAUAACAAUUAUAAGGAAUAAUUAACCCUUUCUAAGGUUCAUGAAAAGUAUGCUUCCCGCCAAAUUCGCCAAUUUUUUACUAAAACUUUGUAGGUUGGCGUUAAGUUCUGACAAAUUAAGUUCAGUGAAUAAUAAGCAAAUUUAAUAUUGGAACUCAUUUUGAUUAAUAGUUUUAAAUGCUUAAUUAUUAAAUAAACAGGAAGUCAUUUCAUUGACAAAAGUAGUAAUAAUUAUAAGUACAGAAAAUGUAAAAAUAUUUUGAAAAUAUAAGUUCAAUGAAUAAUAAGUAAUUUUAAUAAUGCCGCUACAUAAAACGUUUUGAAUGAAAUAAUGAUACAGUGAAACUUGAAUAGUGCACUUCGUAUCUAACAAAUUCAAAGAUUUUUUACAAUAUAAAAUUGUAAACUUUUAUUUUUUGUAGUUGUUCUUAUUGAAAACAUUGUACACCAAUAAAAUUUUUGAUUGAA